AUGAAUGAAAAUGUUGAAGAUAUUUUAAGUUUACUAAUUAAUUUUUCAGAAAGCAUAAAAAAAGAGUUUAAUGAAGAUAUAAUUAAAAAUUUAUUUUCUGACAUUACAUUAAAAUUAAUUAGCAAAAUAGAUAAAUAUGAAUUAGCAGUAAACAUUAAUAAUUAUAUUUCAAAUGAAAUAAAGCAGAAAAUAAAAAAUGAUAGAUCAUAUGAAAACAUAAAAGUUAUGGUUCUUUUUUUAGAUUGUAUUUUUAAGAAUUAUUGGAACAGUAAUUUUGCUAAUAUAGAGAUUUCAUGGGUAUAUAGUUUAAUAAAAUUAAAAUCAAAUUAUUCUUCCACUAUGUUAAACUUUUUAAAUAACAUACUGUUUCAAAUAAAAAAGGAGAACAGUAGUUUUUGCAUCCUUAUCUUUUUAUUAAUACAAAUAAAAACGAGAAUCGAAGAUAAUUUGAAAGAAAAUAAUAGCGAGAAUUUUUAUUUUAAAGAAGUAAAACAAAAUAACCAAAACCCCUCUUUGUAUAAUUCAACAAAUGAAGUAGUUGGUAGUAGAAAAAACGAUCUUAAUAAAAUUACGAAUGGUAGUGAUUAUAUAAAAUAUGAAGAUGAAAUUGAUGAAAAAUUACAAAAAAAAAAUGAUUUUUUACAAUCAUCAUCAUAUCAGAAUGUUUUAAAAAAUUUCGAUUUAAAUUUCAAAGAUUUAUGUAAUUUAUUUAUUUUAGUAGUAGAAAAUACAAAAGAAAAAAAAAGAAAUCAAAAUGCAAAAAAUUUCGAAUUUAUUGAUAAUGAUGGUAAUAAUUCUAGUGAAAAUAUGAAUAGCAAUGACAAUAACAUUGAAAUAAAAAAUAUAGUAAAUGAUAUUUUACAUUAUCUUGUUUUUAUUAAUGAUAAAGAAAUACGAAACAUAUUAAUUAAAGAUUUCUGCUUUAUAGUUAAAGAAUAUAUUUUAACUAAAAGGGAAUUUGAGGAUAUAUGCUUGAGCAUUAUUAAAAAGAUGUUUCUUAUAAUUAGAAAUGAAAGUUUAAAAAGUAACUCAUUUCUUUGCAAAAAUGAAAUUACAAUGAAAAAAAGUACAAAUAUAAAAAAAGAAAAGAGUGAUUUUACUUUUGAAAUUUACUAUGAAAUGUGUUUAAACUAUUAUAUGAAUAAUGAUAAAGUAGAUGAGUAUUUAUUAAAUGAUUUUUACAAUUUCAUAAUUUUAUAUAUUGAUUAUAUAUAUAACGAAGAUUUUAUAAAAAGUUGUUUCAUUGGUGAUGUAAGGUAUCAAAUAUUAUUAUUUAAUAAAGCAUAUACAAAUGAGAGUGCUUCUAAAAAAAUUAUCUAUAUUUUUAAUACCAUUAUAAAUACUUAUGAAAAAUUAAAUUAUAUGAAAGAAGUUUCUGUUUUAUCAGAGGCGUGGCAAUUGUAUGAAUGCUUGUUGAGAUGUAUUCAAAACUUUUCUGUUCAUCUUUUAAAAACGAAUUGGUAUAAAAUGGUUAGUCUUCUAAAUAUUGUUAAUUCCAUUAAAAAAAAAUAUGAAAGGAUAUAUGAUUGUUAUUUAAAAGAAAAAAAUAAUAGGCAAUUAAAAAAAUCAAAAGUGCUAAGCGAAAAAGAAGAGUAUAUUAAAUUAAAAUUGGAUGAUAGAGAUGAAGAUGAUAGACAGAUAAAUGCAUAUAUUAAAAAUAAAUUUAUGUUUUAUGACGAAUUUGACUAUUUUAUAUUUAAAUGUUGCAUUAAAAAUGACAAAUCAUACUUCUUAAAAAGUAAUAUGAAGUUCUCAAAUAGUGAUAAAAAAAAUUGUGAAACCAAUUUUGGUAAAUACUUUGAAUAUAUAAUACUUCGAUUAGUUGAAUAUUUAAUUUUGCUAUUAAUGAUUCAUAAAAAUAAUACAGUUACUCGUUUUUCUCUUUGUGAACUAAUUAAUUAUGAAAACAAAGAACUGGAUAUAUAUGCAAAUAUUCAAAAAGAUAGAACAAAAUUAAGCGAAAAAAUAGAUAUUAAUGUUUUUUUAAAUAGUAUGAAUGAUAUAUUCUUGUUUCAUAUAUUUUUUAUUGAUAGCAUGAAGCCAUCUUUAUUUACAAAAGGAGAUAUACCUUACUAUGAAUUUCGAAUUAAAAAUUUUAUAAUUUCAAAAAUAGUAAAAAAGAACUCCUUAUAUUAUUUUAAAAAGUUUUUAUAUUGUUUAGAUAAAAUAAAUUUUUCUUUUAUAAAUAUUAGAAUAAUGCUCGAAGGCUUAAUUGAAUCAGUAAAUAUUUUAGAAAAGAGAAAUAUCAGUUAUAAUGAUGUCAACAUCUUAAAAUAUAAUUGUAAUAUUAAACAAAAAAAAAAAUAUAUUUUUAAAUCGUAUGAAAUGAAUAUUAAUAUUCAUGAAAUAAUUAUUAAUAUUAUAAAAAAUAUAAAAAAUAUUUCUAUUAGUAGAAGAAAUGACAUGUUAAUUUUGAUAUUACAAAUAAUAAUAAAAUUAAACAACCAUUUAAAAUUAUUUACUACUGUGCAUAAUUAUUGUAUUUUUUUAGAAUUAUUUGAAGAUAAUUUUUUUUUAGAAUAUUUUGAGUAUUUUGAACUUUUAUUAAAUUUAAAUACGAACUUUUUUAUUAAAGAAAAAAAUGAACUAAAUGAUGAAAUAAGAAACUUUAUUUUCAUUGAAAAUAAGGAAAAUAAGCUAUUAGAUAUUUUUAUUAUACAUUUAAAUAAAGUGAUAUCUUGUAAUAAUCGUUUGUAUUUUUACGGUUACAUGAGAUUUUUUCAUAUAAUAGCAAAGCAGAAUAUAUCAUAUGAUGAUUUAAUUAAUGUAAAAGAAGAGGAUGAAAAUGAGCUUAUUACUCUUUUAAUUUUUUAUACUUUUAAAAAUAAUUUAAUAAAAUUCUUUAAUAAAAAUUCUAUAAAUAGCAUAAUAAAAAAUAAUAUGAAAAAAUUAAAAAUGUUUCUAUUAUUUAAUGAGUUAAAUGAUAAUAAUAAUAAUAUUAACUUAUUUGACAAGCUUUUAUUAUUUGCUGAUACUUUAGAAUAUAUAAAUAUAGAUAGAAUUAAUAAUUUUGAUGAUAAUUUAGAUUAUUAUAAUAGUGAUUAUUAUUACAAAAAAAAAAAUAAUAAAAAUAAAUAUGAUAUUGUUCAUAAAAAUUUUUUUACAGAAAAGAAUAAUUUUUUUUGUGAAAUAAAAGAAUUAUAUGAUGAAUGCAAAAAGGUUAUAAUAAAUUUGAAUGUAAUAGAAAAGGAGGAAGAUAACUUAAAAAUAAUAUUAAUUUUUUCUUUUAUUUCAAGUAUCUGUAAGCUUUUUUAUUUAGAAAAUUUAGAAAUUUUAAAUCAGAAAAUACUAAAUUUAGAAAUUAAGAAAUUUAUUUGUGAUAAGUAUUUAAAAUUUGAAAAAAAGGUAUUAUAUAAAUAUUAUGAAAAUUUUAAUUAUUAUAAAUACAAAUACAUUUACAAUAGUAUUUUUUAUAAUUCUUUUUCUCUAAAUGAAAACGAAAUAGUUUCUUUUUCUUAUAAAGUAAUUAAUGAUAUAGAAAUAUGCAAAGGGGAAUUGGUCUUUUCUUAUUUAAUUAUAAAAAGUUAUAUAAUUCCUAAUAUUUUUAGUGAUAAUUUUGAUAAAAAAAUAAAAAUUUCCUUUUUAAAAUUAUUGUUGAAGCAAAGUAAUUUACUAGUUGAUAGGUGUUGUGCAUGUAAAUAUCCUACUCAUUUGUUAGAAUUAAUUUUUAUUACCUUAUUUCAUCCUUUAAUUGUUAAAUUUGAAAUGAGUUGUUAUAUAAAUUCUAGUGAAUAUAAUGUAGAUAAAAUUAAGAUAAAAAGUAAGGAAAAUGAAAAAAUUGAAUAUAUAAUGAAAACAACAAAUGAUAACGAAAAGGAGGAACCUUUUUUAUUACUUAAUUACUUGCAAAAGAUCUUAGAAGAUGGUAAAACAAAAUUAUCUUUAAGUAGAAGUGUUAUAAUACCUUUUAUAACGUCUUAUUUUUACAAUUUAAUUGAAUAUAAUGAUAUGGUAAAUCUUAAUAAAGAAUAUAUUCAUAGACUUAUUAUUGCCAUCGUUGAUAUAUUAAUGUAUAAAGAAUUUAUUCUAUUAGAUAAUAAAAAAAGUUUUACAAAUAAUUCCUUUAAAAUAAAAAAAGGAAAUAUUCAUUUAUAUAAUUUGAUUAAUGAAAAUAUAUGUUUAUAUUUUUUGAAUAAAUUACAUAAUAAUGAAGAAUUAAUUGUUCCUAGUGUACUUUAUGAAAUAUGUAAUACGUCUAUCUUUUUAAGAAUAAUGACUUUAAUAUUCUUAAUAAAUUUAUUUAAUCUGUUAGAAAAAAAAUAUUUUUAUUUUAAAAAAAGUGGUGAAAAUAAUAAUAAAAUCAGUUUUUAUAAAAAAAGAAAUUAUAUUUUGUACAUAUAUGAAUAUUUAAUUGUAGAAAUUUUAAGAAGAAUAGAUAAUAGACACAUAUAUAUGAGUACAGGUAAAAAUGAGAAAAAUAAAAUAAAAAACAAAGAAAAAGAAAUAGAAAAAAUUCCACCUUUACCUUCAUCAAAUGGACAUAAUAUACAGAUAAGGGGAUUGCAGGUGUUAUGCUGUUUAUCUAAAUAUUUUAAAUAUUUAAAGAAAAAGAAAAGAAAAUAUAUUAUAUAUUACACUAAUAAACUUUUACAUGAUGAUCAUUUAAAUAAUACGCGUCAGUAUUUAGAAUUGUUUUAUUCUUCAAUUAGUAAUUCAUCUUUUAUUUUACUAUGUCCAUAUUUACUAAGAAAUAUGUCCGAUCAAAAUGCGAAUAUGCAAUUAACGUUAAGCUCUUUAAUGAUAUGUUCUUAUAUUUUCCUAAAAACAAAAUAUAGUUAUUACUCAUUCAAGGAGUUAAUUUUUAAUUCAUAUUCAAAUUUAUUUUUAAUGAAGAAAAAAUAUAACAGCAGAAUUAUAAGAAAAAAAGAGAAAAAAAAAAUUGAAAAAAGGAAAAUGAAAUAUAUUUUCAACGAAAUUUUAAAAAAGAACAGCGAUAAAAAAGAAAUUGUAAAAUGUGUUGAGAGUUGUAAGAACUUAAAAAAAAAAAAAGGAAAAAAUACUUAUGAUUAUAAUAAAGAACCUAAAAGUAAUAAUAAUAAAAAUGGACAAUGUUAUGGUAAUUAUUCAAAAAAAUAUAAUUAUUUUAAUGAUAAAAAUAAUGAUAAUAAUGAAGAUAAAAAUUAUGAUAGUAGCGUAAACAAAGAUGUAGAAAUGGGAAUUUAUCAUUGCGAAAUAUCUAAUAGAAAAAAAAGAGCAAAUAAAAUUUCUAGUAUAGAAAAUAAUUACUUUUACUCUGAAUAUAUAUGUAAAUAUUUAAUCAAAUUGCUAUAUCGUAUAAUUUGUUUAUGCUCUUCUCACUCAGCAGUAAUAAGAAGCAUAUCACAAUUCAUAUUGUAUAAAUUUCUAAAAAAAAAAAAACAAAUAUUAUUAAAUCCAUUCUUCUCACGCAUAUAUUCUUAUAUCAAGAAUAAUAAAGAUUGCAAGAGAAUUAGAGAAAAAUUGAAUAUACAAUUUAAAUAUUGGAAUGUAAAAUAUUUCGAUGAUAUAAAUAUAUUGUUACCAACUUGUAAUUAUUCAUUUGAUAAUUUUGAUGAAGAUUUAAAUUAUAAUAACACAAAUACGUUUGCUCAUAUUUUAUACAAUAAUGAACUAGUUAUAUCAUACACUUUUAUAGAUAGCAUAAAAAAAAUAGUACAGCAAGAAAUGUCUAGCAUAAUGUUCAACGUAGAUUUAGAAAAAGAAAAAGAAGAAACCAUUUCAAAAAAUAAUAUGAAUAAAAAUAUAUCAUUGAAAAUAUUUAAUGAUAUUUAUGAAAAUAAGAUAAGAGAUGAGAUAAGUGAAAAGAAAGAGGAAAAUCAAAAUAUCUUUCAAUAUGAUAGCGAAAAAAUAUCUGAAAAAGAAAAAAUAAAAAUAAAAGUUAAUCACAUAGAAACAAACAACACUAUAAAAAAUUUAGAACAGGAUCAAACAAAUGAAUUAAAUAAAAUUUCUGAACUAGAAAAAUUACAAAAUAUUUUAGAAAAAAAUAAAAAUAAUUAUCAAAAGAAGUUUGAUCCAAUUACUAAUAUAGUUGAAAUUAAAGAUUUUAGAAAAGCUUAUCAGAAGAAAAAAAAAAAUGAUUUAAUUGUCAUAGCAUCUUUAAUAGACAAAGUACCUAACCUAGCUGGGUUAUGUAGAACAUGCGAAAUUUUUAAUGUUAAAAAAUUAUUUUUGGAUAAUAUAAAUAUAAUUAAGGAUUAUCAAUUUCAAAAAAUUUCUUCUACUGCAAAUAAAUGGAUGAAUAUAAAACAAUUAAAAAAGAGUGAUAUCAUAAAAUAUUUAAUAAAAAAAAAAAAAAAGUAUUCUAUAAUAGGUUUAGAACAAACACAUUGCAGUCUACGUUUAAAUAAUUUUACUUUUCCAAGAAAAUCUAUUUUAAUAUUAGGUGAUGAAAAGGAAGGGAUACCUUCUUCUAUUCUUUUGUUUUUACACCAAUGUAUAGAAAUACCAGGACAAGGAAUAAUCAGAUCAUUAAAUGUUCAUGUUUCUGCAGCUAUAACAAUUUAUGAAUAUUUCAAACAGCAAAUUUAA